GCUAUACAGUAUAGGAACUCUCCAAAACCCUAACCCUUUUGUACUUUCUCUCACUUUCAGUACACUCUCUGUGUCACCAAACGAAGGGGGAGAGAGAGAGAGAGAGAGAGAGACCGAGUUCUAGGGUUUUAGGCGAAGCAUCAGAAGCCAAACUAGGUUUUUUUUCUUUUUUUCUAUUUUCUUUUUUUUUUUUUCCUCCAAAAGGAAGAUGGUGGAGGACAAGGGCAAGAAGCUCAAGAUGUCUGAGAAAGGUGAGGAGGAUAACUCGGACAAGAUCGAUGAGAAGCUUGUGCUCUCCAUCGAGAAGUUGCAAGAGAUUCAAGACGAGCUGGAAAAGAUUAAUGAGGAGGCCAGUGACAAAGUCUUGGAGGUGGAGCAAAAGUAUAAUGAGAUUCGCAAUCCUGUCUAUGAUAAACGGAAUGACAUAAUCAAAUCCAUUCCUGACUUUUGGCUAACUGCUUUUCUGAGCCAUCCUUCUCUUGGUGAACUUUUGAGUGAAGAAGAUCAAAAGAUUUUCAAGUAUUUAAGCUCCCUUGAAGUGGAAGAUUUUAAAGAUGUGACAUCAGGCUACUCUAUCUCCUUUAACUUCAGUUCAAAUCCUUAUUUUGAGGAUACAAAGCUCACAAAGACUUUUACCUUCCUUGACGAAGGAACGAAAGUUACUGCUACAUCAAUAAAGUGGAGAGAUGGAAUGGGCAUACCUAAUGGAGUUAAUCAUGAGAAAAAAGGGAACAAGAGGCCUCAAUCUGAAGAAAGCUUCUUUAGCUGGUUUAGUGAUACCCAUCAGAAAGAUAUAAUGGAUGACAUUCAUGAUGAGGUUGCAGAGAUUAUAAAAGAGGAUUUGUGGCCAAAUCCCCUUACUUAUUUCAAUAAUGAGGCUGAUGAGGAGGAAUUUGACGAAGAAGCUGAUGGAGAGGGAAAGGACGACGAUGAUUCUGAUGAGGAUGAGGAUCAGGAAGACGAUGACGAUGAAGAUGCUGAUGAGGAAGAUGGCAACUGAAGUUUUCACAUAGGCGGUUCCUCUUUUGGCUUUUGCAUGCUUUGGUAACAGCUUUGUGUAAAUGUAGUGGUUGCUAAGGUAUAUAGCGGAGGGUGUCAUAUUAACUCUUUCAUGUAGGCAACUCACUUCCCUUGAUAUUUUUUUGGAUUUCAAUUUUUUUUUUUUUUUUUUUUUUUUUUUGGGUUGUUCUGAUAUAAUUUCUUGCUAUAUAGGGGUUAUUUUUGUGGUGUCCUCCAGUUAUGCAUUUUCAAGAUGACCAUAGUAUAUUGGUCGUUUAAUUAUAUUUUUCUUUUUCUUUUGAAAAUGCCCUGAAUGAGGAAGAUAUAUGUCUAAUAUUUGGGGUGUAAAGCUGUUUCAAAGAUCCUAUUACCAGGGAAAUUGGGCUAGUAUUUUGAUUCAGAAA